GUCGAUGUUCGGAGCAGCCGGCGUUGGUGUACAACCUGAUUUUAUCAGCAUAGCUUUUUGGCAUCGUGCCCGAAAAGCACUAUGGAAUGGUUAUUACGGAUACCGUGGAGCCUGAAAGAAGAAAGAACUCGAACCAUCACCAGGCACAAGGCAGGAAUGCACUGCCAAGGAGAGACACCGAUACCCUUCCAGCUAUAAAUUGGCCUUCCUCUCCGAUUUGCAACUCCCGCUAUGUUAUCUACCCACUGCACAAUCCCAACACCCCCAGAGAGUCUUCAGUGUUUAUCCGCCUUUUAUCAGCUGAUACCGUUACCCGUCAUUUACAACAGUCGUGCAUCUUCCCGACAUGGCAACCAAAGGACUCGUCCUCGUCACCGGCGCCAACGGCUACAUCGCUGCCCGCACGGUCGAGGCGUUUCUCAAAGCCGGUUUUUCGGUUAGGGGAACUGUCCGGUCCCUUUCUUCCGCCAACGAGGUGAUGGAAGCCCUCUCCGAAUACGCAGACAAAGUCGAGUUUGUCGAGGUGCCCGACAUCACAGUUUCAGGGGCUUUCGACGAGGCUGUAAAGGGAGUCGAUGUGGUGGCCCAUCUUGCAUCACCCGUGUCCUUCGAUUUCAGUGAUCCGGAACCCGUCUUGAAGGCUGCCAUCAAGGGCACCGUACGGGCACUCGAGUCGGCCCACAAGGAGGCCAAAAUUAAGAGCUUCGUCUUCAUGUCGUCUAUCUUGUCGGUCAUGCAGCAGGCCAAAGAGGGCUACACUUAUACCGAAUCCGAUUGGAAUACGUAUGCCGAGGAUGCCGUAGCCGAACAGGGCAAGGCCACCCCUGGCCGCAUCAUCUACUCGGCAAGCAAGGUGGCCGCCGAAAAGGCCCUGUGGAAGUUCCGGGAUGAACACAAGCCGUGCUUCGCCAUCUCGGCCAUCAACCCCUGCUUCGUGGCUGGUCCGCCCCUGGUAACCCCGGCUUCCAAAGACAAGAUUUCUUUCUCUACCCGGCUAAUCACGGAUGUCUUCAGCGGAACGCCACUCGACCAGGCUGGCACGCCGGGCGUGUACGCGUUUGUUGACAUUCGCGAUGUAGCCCGCCUCAUCGUCUUUGGGGCCGAGCAUCCUGACAGGGUGAACAACGAGCGCUUCAUCGCCGCAUCGUUUUACUCGCCGCCUCAAGCUGUGGCAGAUAUUCUCCGUGAGAAGUACCCAGAGAAGGCGGACAUCAUCCAGAAAGGCACACCGGGGGAGGGUUACAGCCCCGACUAUCGGUUCAGUGCGUUUGACGGAACCAAAGCGGUCAGGGUAACGGGGCAGGACUACAUCCCCUGGCGCCAGACCGUGUUGGAUACCGUGGAGAAGCUGAAGUCCAUUCUUGUGUAACUUGUGAGGAAAUUUUAAGCUGCCGGUUAUAGACGGAGAACUUAGGACAGGCGUCAAUCGCGACUCAGAUCUGUCUUUGUACUCGUUUUCGUAUUAUGAAG